AGUGCAUCACGUGGUCUUAGUCCGUACAAAUAACUCGCAGUAGAGUUUUCCAGUAGAGAACGAAUCGGAGCUCUGUUAUAUCAGCAAUUAUCAGCGACAGUAACUAUCUUCAGAUACUAAGAAUAGGAGAGAGAGACUUGGACCAUCCGGGAAGUAAGGAAUUGCUUUUUCUCGUAAACUUUUAUUCCCAAAGACAUUUUGGACAUCUUUGUGGGAGCCACAGUCACUUUCGUUGGGUCUAUCUGAGUGAAGUUUGCCCACAGAGCUGCUCAAGCUGCUCCUCUGAAAAACAGACUAUCACCCGACCGUCCUUAUCUGGAGUGGAUUUGUUCAUUAUCCGGCGACUGGAUAACGAAAAACCACCGACGACUCACCGAAGUGUCUUUACGUGACCCGCUUUGUCCCAGGAGUCAGUACCCAUAUUCUCCCAAAUAGGACGAGUAUACGGUGUCAGAAUGUACCAAAGCCUUGCUUUGUCAUCCAACCAGUCCCCAUAUGCACACGAUGCAGGGAACUAUAUGCACCCUUCGGCGAGUUCCCCCGUGUACGUGCCCACUACGAGGGUGCCUGCUAUGCUGCAAACCCUGCCGUACUUGCAGACAUGCGAGUCCACCCAUCAGUCCCAUGGCCUCGGCGGGCAUCAUGGCUGGCCUCAGACUGGCACAGACAGUUCGUCCUUCAACCCGGGCAGCCCCCAUCCGCACCCCGGCUUCUCCUACUCUCACAGCCCACCAGUAAGCAGCAAUACAGGCAGGGACACAACCUACCAAAACCCGCUUGUGCUCAGUAACGGUGGUCGGGCCGACCAGUAUGGCAGCGCUUUGGUACGGUCUGUUGGAGGAUCAUACUCGAGUCCCUACGCCUACAUGAGCCCUGAGAUGGCAACCUCUUGGACACCAGGCCACUUUGAGAGCGGCAUGAUCAGUCUUCAGGGACGGCAAGGUUGCAUGUCUGGGAGAAGGUCCAGUUUGGACAUGUUGGAGGAGUUCCCGGGAGAGGGUCGUGAGUGUGUAAACUGCGGCUCCAUCUCCACUCCUUUGUGGCGACGAGACGGUACCGGGCACUACUUGUGCAAUGCCUGUGGCUUGUACCACAAGAUGAACGGAAUCAACAGGCCACUCAUCAAACCACAGAAACGCCUGCAGACCACAUCUCGCCGGGCCGGCCUGUGCUGCACUAACUGCCUCACCAGCACGACUACGCUGUGGCGUCGCAACGCCGAGGGAGAGCCUGUCUGCAAUGCCUGUGGCCUGUACAUGAAACUACAUGGGGUCCCCAGACCACUGGCCAUGAAGAAGGAAAGCAUUCAGACCAGGAAACGGAAACCUAAGAUGCCCAAGUCCAAACCCUCAACAGGAGGGUUGUCAGCCUCAGGCACCAACUCACCGUCCUCGUUGUCUGUCUCGGAACAUGCAUCUACGAUAAAGAGUGAACCCAACAUGGCCCCCUCACCCUACGCUGGACAGACCGUAGCCUCUGUGUCUCAGGCUUCAUCACAUCUGGACAGUUCAGGACAUGUCGACAUCAAAUACGAGAACUACCCCUUUACGCCCACGUCCGUCGCCCCACAGAACUCCUGGUGUGCUCUGUCUCAGGCAUGAGCUUGACCGCAGCUCACCAUGUCCUGAUUCUGGAACCAGCUCAGCUCGCCGUGUCCUGAUUCUGGAACCAGCUCAGCUCACCGUGUCCUGAUUCUGGAACCAGCUCAGCUCACCGUGUCCUGAUUCUGAAACCAGCUCAGCUCACCGUGUCCUGAUUCUGGAACCAGCGCAGCUCGCCAUGUCCUGAUUCUGGAACCAGCUCAGCUCACCGUGUCCUGAUUCUGGAACCAGCUCAGCUCACCGUGUCCUGAUUCUGGAAGCAGCUCAGCUCACCGUGUUCUGAUUCUGGAACCAGCUCAGCUCACCGUGUCCUGAUUCUGAAACCAGCUCAGCUCACCGUGUCCUGAUUCUGGAACCAGCUCAGCUCACCGUGUCCUGAACCAGCUCAGCUCACCAUGUCCUGAUUCUGGAACCAGCUCAGCUCACCGUGUCCUGAUUCUGAAACCAGCUCAGCUCACUGUGGAUAAUAUAGACUUGUGACUCGAACUACCUAUUAUAGACUUACUCUCUUUCCCAUGCGGCUGGAGGGAAGAAAAACCAGAAGGAAGCGACGGCAAUCAGGUGGAAUGUAUAGAAAUAACUUUUUUUAACUGGCGACUAUCAACACUAUUUCUAGUUGUAGUUUUUGUUGUGGUUGUCUUUGUUGUUGUUGUCAUUAUUGAUCUUUUUCUAAUACCACCAUCACAGUUUCACGUGGUAUUUCAGUCAAUAACCAGGAACAGUUCAACAAGUUAUCACGGAGUGUUAUUCCCACAUCCAGAAGGACAAAACACACAAGUGUUUUAUUACCUCUGAACAUGUUUCAUUACUAGCGUGUCGAUGAUUAACUUCUAUAUACAUUAUUUAUGUUAAAGAUAAGAAGAGUCAUGAAACUCCAAAGCCAACAUGUCAUAUCCCAGAAGUCCAUUCCCUUCUAAGAAUGCCUUGUGUGUUCAAGGUAUGAAAUCUAAAAUAGAAAGUGUACAUUUACAUGUGCUUCCUAUGUAAUGAUUUGCAUAGUUGUUCAUUUGACAAACGAUGCAUACAUUUACAUUGAGACAGAUACUGUAUAUACUGUAUAUGUUAUCAGAUAUGUUGAAAGUGCGUAAAUACUUUUUUAUUUUAGAUGUCAUAAUUGCAUACUUGAAUUAGUUUUCAUUUUUUUCCAAGACCCCUGUUCUAUCAGUUCAGCUUUUGAAAAUGUAUUGUCUGAUCAUUUAAAGUGCAAUGACUUAAUUUAAAAAAUAAAAAAUAAAGACAAAGAAAAAUACUUUUAUUUGAAUUAUUUUGAAUUACGUUCAUCUAAUUUUAUUUGCUGUGUUUUUGUUGAAAUAUAAGGGAAUUUUAUUUUUACUUUAUAACCUAAAAUUGUUUAGAAACUUGAGUCUACUUUAGUUGUAUAACCAAGUCUGAUAGUCUCGUUGGUUUUGCAAUGCUCUUUGAAAUCUGUUUAGUUUAAUAAACCGCUAAAUUAA